UCUUUUCUUUUAACCAUCCUUUGGUUUGAACUUUCCGAUACCAGUGGCCGGAAUCCGGCUCCCUUGGAGACUGGAAACAAGAAAAUCCGGCGCCAAUCUUGGGCCUGCCGGGGGGAGGGAACUAAAUAUUUAUCUUUGCUGUUUGCUGCAUGUGAAGUCCCAUAAUUUAGAUUUAUGUACAUACAAGCUUAUCCUUGUUGUUUUAUCUAAAUAAUAAUUACCCUUUUCCCCCCCUUUUGUACCCUGACCAGAGUACAAGCACACAAAGCAAGAGCAAUCCCCUUCCCUUUCUUUUUUCCUCUAUAUAUACUCAAGCUUUACUCCCAAACUUUGAACAACACCCAGAAAAACUACAGAGCUUGAUAGAGCAAAGAACAAUGGCUCCCAUGGGAGACAACGUUGUUGUUUCUAACGUUAACUUGGAGAAGCUGCUUAGCAUGAAAGGUGGGAAAGGAGAAGGAAGCUAUGCCAACAACUCCCAAGCUCAGGCCUUACAUGCUCGUUCCAUGCUUCACCUCCUGGAAGAAUCCCUCGACGGAGUUCACCUCAACUCCCCGGAAGUUCCCUUCGUCGUCGUCGACCUAGGCUGCUCCUGCAGCAACAACAGCAUCUACAUCGUCGACGUGAUCAUCAAACACAUGAUCAAGCGGUACGAGUCGUCGGACCGGUGGGAUCAGCCGCCGGAGUUCACUGCCUUCUUCUCUGAUCUCCCUAGCAAUGACUUCAACACCCUUUUCCAGCUCCUACCUCCCUUGGCUAACUACAACGGUGGCAGCAGCAUGGAAGAGUGCCUAGCAUCGAACGGACACCGGUCCUAUUUCGCCGCCGGAGUCCCCGGAUCAUUUUACCGGCGCCUCUUUCCGGCUAGAUCCAUCGACGUCUUCCACUCUGCAUUCUCAUUGCACUGGCUAUCACAGAUGCCAGAAACUGUGUUGGACAGGAGAUCAACGGCUUACAACAAAGGGAGGGUGUUCAUCCAUGGUGCGAGUGAGAGCACAGCCAGUGCAUACAGGAAGCAGUUCCAGACAGACUUGGCUGCUUUCCUCAGGGCAAGAUCCAUAGAGAUGAAGAGGGGUGGGUCUAUGUUCCUUGUCUGCCUUGGAAGAACUUCAGUGGACCCCUCGGACCAAGGUGGAGCCGGCCUCCUCUUCGGGACCCACUUUCAGGAUGCUUGGGAUGAUCUUGUCCAAGAGGGCCUUAUUAGUAGUGAGAAGCGUGACGAUUUCAACAUUCCAGUGUAUGCCCCAAGCCUACAAGACUUCAAGGAAGUGGUUGAAGCUGAUGGCUCAUUCACCAUAAACAAGCUUGAGGUAUUCAAAGGAGGCAGCCCUCUGGUCGUUAGCCGGCCGGACGAUGCGACGGAGGUAGGCCGAGCCCUAGCCAACAGCUGCCGGAGCAUCUCAGGGGUACUCGUCGAUGCUCACAUCGGUGACAAGCUCAGCGAGGAGCUGUUUUUACGUGUGGAGCGCCGAGCCACAAGCCAUGCUAAAGAGCUACUAGAGCAGUUGCAAUUCUUCCAUAUAGUUGCAUCUCUGUCUCUUGCUUAGGAAAAAAGAAACAAAAGCAGAAAAGAGUGUUCAAAGAAAAAGGCUUUUUCCCCCUUCCCUCUUUGGUUUUGUCCUUACACCUUUUCCCCUUUUGUGUGUUAUUUCCCAUUGCAUUGAAAAGAUAUAGGAUCAAUCAACACACAAAGGAGAGAGAAAGAGAGAGAGAGGGAAAAGGCUUUGCCUUAGCUUUCUUUUUUUUCUUUUUUCACUUUCUUUUGUGUGUGUGUUUUUUUCUCCUGUGUGAUUAGUGAUUGUAGUUACCUUUAUAUAUACUUGAUGAGUAUUAA